AUGGACUCAGAGGGUGGUGCAUCGUUGCCGUCGUCCUGUCCCGACGCGCGAAAGCGGCGCGUGUCGUACUUCUACGAGCCGACUAUCGGCGAUUACUACUACGGCCAGGGCCAUCCGAUGAAGCCCCAUCGUAUCCGCAUGGCCCACAACUUGAUUGUUCACUACUCCCUCUACCGGCGGAUGGAGAUUAGCCGCCCUUUUCCGGCCGGCCCUGAAGACAUCCGCCGCUUUCACUCCCCUGAGUACGUUGAUUUCCUCUCCUCCGUCACCCCUGAUACCCUCCACGACCACACCCACGCCCGCCACCUCAAGCGGUUCAAUGUCGGUGAGGACUGUCCCGUUUUUGAUGGGCUUUUCCCCUUUUGUCAGUCCUCAGCCGGUGGCUCAAUCGGCGCCGCCGUCAAGUUGAAUCGUCAGGACGCUGAUAUCGCUAUCAAUUGGGCUGGUGGGCUUCACCAUGCAAAGAAGAGCGAGGCUUCUGGGUUCUGCUAUGUCAAUGAUAUAGUGCUGGGGAUUCUCGAGCUUCUCAAGGUUCACAGGCUUUGUUGGUUUGAAUUGAGUCAAGUGUCUUUCCAUAAAUUUGGGGACCUUUUCCCAGGAACUGUGCAUAUUAAAGAUGUUGGAGCUAUUGCGGGAAAGAACUAUGCUCUUAAUGUUCCACUGAAUGAUGGAAUAGAUGAUGAGAGCUUCCGUAGUUUAUUUCGUCCCAUUAUCCAAAAGGUCAUGGAGGUCUAUCAGCCAGAUGCUGUUGUUCUUCAAUGUGGGGCAGAUUCAUUGGCUGGUGACAGGUUAGGUUGCUUCAAUUUGUCUGUGAAAGGGCAUGCGGAUUGUCUUCGUUUCCUGAGAUCGUUCAAUGUUCCUCUAAUGGUUUUGGGUGGUGGAGGGUAUACAAUGCGGAAUGUUGCCCGCUGUUGGUGCUAUGAGACAGCAGUUGCAGUUGAUGUGGAACCUGAUAAUAACUUACCUUACAAUGAGUAUUACGAGUACUUUGGCCCAGAUUAUACUCUUCAUUUGGAACCAAAACCGAUGGAUAAUCUGAACUCACCAAGAGAUCUGGAGAAGAUCAGAAAUUUCCUGCUUGAUCAAGUUUCUAAGCUACAACAUGUACCUAGUGUUCCUUUUCAGACAACACCUCCAACUACCGAAGUACCAGAAGAGACAGAACAAGACAUGGAAGAGAGAGUGAAACCUCGGAUUUGGAAUGGUGAGGUUUACGAGUCUGAUGUUGAAGAAGAUCCGCCUAUGCAGUGA